AUGGAAGUGAAGGAAAUGUAUUUAGAAAUACUUUUUGCCGAUGAAAUACCACAGAAUGUAAAAUUGGCUGAACAAUCGAACUGGAGUAUUCGUCGAGAUGAAAAAGAGGAUCCGACAUGGGGACAUUGGAAAGGCGAUAUUAUGCCGAGUACUGGAGGCAGCUUCGAACACAUUAUGCUCGCCAAGGCCAACCAAAAUUCUUACGAAGAUCCGCUGGAUGACCAUUCGAAAGCGGAGAGGCACCAUAGCGGCCACUUCCGCCACAGCCAGAACAAGGUAUGGGAUCCCCAUCCACAAUACGAAUUUACAGCCUUUGGGCGCAGGUUCCAUGUUAACUUGAGAGAGGACAACAGCUUCGCAUCUCCGAGCGUAACGGUAACUCACAUCAGCAAUAACACCACCAGGCGCGAGUAUCCUGACCAUCAUUUGGGUUGUUUCUACAGCGGAUACGUGGAAGGCGAUCCUAAAUCCGCCGUGACAGUUAGCCUUUGCCAUGGAAUGACGGGCCAUAUGAAAACAUCUACGGGAAACUAUUUAAUUAAGCCAACGGAGCAUUGGACCGAUAACGAAAAGUUAGCGAUGGCUUCGCCUCUACAGCACGUUAUUUAUCGACUCACUAACAGCGAUUUCAGCUCAUUUUGUACGGAGACAAAUCGAACGGCGAACGACUUGCCAGACGAUAAUGCCGUUGUCAACGAGACGUACGAGUGCGGAGUCAUUGAUAACGAUAGCAAGGAAUGUGGGGCGGCGAUCCCUCGAGACGACUCGACCGACGUCGGUCAGUUGGCACGCAGACGGAGGCGCCGCAGGCAAUUGGAUCAUCUGCCAAGAGAAAAUGACAGCAGUUACGACGAGGACGGCGGAAGGAGCUUCGCUCUCGAGGGCGAUCAGGACUCCGAUCUCGAUAUUUAUGGUAGCUGGCGAACAAGACGAGCCCUACCGAGAGAAUAUUUUAUCGAGAUAAUGGUUGUGGCCGACGCUAAGAUGAUAGAUUACCACGGAGACAGUCUCGCCAGUUACAUCUUAGUCCUCAUGAAUACGGUGUCGCGGAUCUAUAAAGACCCGUCUAUCGGCAAUCCCAUAAGCAUUGCGGUCAUAAAAAUAAAGCAAAUGAACGAGAUUUUCGGCGUAAAGCAACGGGGUAGCGAUGGAAUUGGGGCUGCAGAAAUGCUGAGGAAGUUCUGCCAUUGGCAGAAACUCAACAAUCCGCACGAGCCAUCGCCGGAGCAUCACGACACCGCUCUACUUCUCACCAGAGAAAAUCUCUGCCACAAUCCGAGCCAGAAGCGUUGCGACACCCUGGGCCUUGCCGAGCUUGGCAGAAUGUGCUCCGUUGGUUCGUCCUGCGCUAUUGUCCAGGACAAUGGGCUCGCGACUGCCUUCACUAUUGCUCACGAGAUCGGCCAUGUGCUAAAUAUGCCCCACGACGAUGAUCCGAAGUGCACGAGGUUCCGGGAUCGCUCAGGCGUCCACAACAUUAUGUCCCGCAUGCUCGACGACAACACCGUGCCCUGGGAAUGGUCCAAGUGUUCCAGACACUACGUCACUGAGUUCCUUGACGCUGGUCUCGGCAACUGUCUGCUGGACGAGCCGCGCGACAGCAAGAUAAUGUCUCGCUCCCACGGUAGCCGACUGCCUGGCGAGGACUACUCCAAGAACAAGCAGUGCGAGCUCGUCUACGGCUCCGGAUCGGAGAUCUGCCCGCACAUGGGGAGCGAUGCAUGCAAGAGGUUGUGGUGCACCGUGCCGUACUGGGAUGACCGGAGCGAGCAAUGUCACACGCAGCACAUGCCAUGGGCUGACGGGACCCUUUGCGGUCCGGACAAGUGGUGCCACAGGGGCGAGUGCGUCUCCCGGGAGAAUCUCGAGCCGGUCGACGGCCAAUGGAGCGAGUGGGGUCCCUACGGCGAGUGCUCCCGCAGCUGUGGCGGCGGCAUCAAGAAGAAGUACCGGGAGUGCGACAACCCUGCGCCCAAGAACGGCGGCAAUUACUGCGUCGGCGAGAGGGUGAGGUACAGGAGCUGCGGCACGAGGGAGUGCCCCCCGGGUUCGAGCGACUUUCGGUAUGUUUUUUCCACAUGCGAUGCUCCUCCUCGUCAUCCUCCAUCUCUGUCUGCCCCGACGUUCGAGACUUUAUUGCUCAAAUUAAAGCAACCCCGGGGCUUUCUCUAUCCUUGUAGAGAGGAGCAGUGCGCUUCGUUCGAUAACGACAAUCGCAACAUCCGCAACCUAGCCAAGAACGUCAAAUGGCACGCAAAGUACACGAGAAUCCUCCCGGAAGACCGCUGCAAGCUCUACUGCCAAGUGGCAGGCAAUCAGUAUUAUAUGCUCCGCGACAAGGUGGUGGACGGUACACCAUGCGGUCCCGACACCUUCCACGUCUGCGUCAACGGCCACUGCAAGCCCGCCGGCUGCGAUCACAUGCUCAACUCGACCGCGGCCCUCGACACCUGCGGCGUCUGCCGUGGCGACAACUCCACUUGCCAGAGGAUCUCCGGCUCCUACAAUUCCAGCGAGUACGGCUACACGAGGAUCACGAAGAUACCCGCCGGGAGCAGUUACAUCGACAUUAGGCAGUACGGCUGGAGAGGCUCGCACAAUGACAGUAAUUACCUGGCUCUACGAAUAAAAGAAGGAGGCAAGUACAUACUGAAUGGAAAUUUUAUGGUAAUGCAUCGAAAAGUAAUCAUCCAACCAGGUGCAACAAUAGAAUACAGCGGACCUGAACAAGUCGUUGAGAGACUCAAUAGUUCCAGACCCAUACAUGUCGAUCUUAUUUUAGAGGUUCUUUCAGUAGGAAGUGUUAAUCCACCUCAAAUUACAUACGAGUAUACGGUACCAAAGAGGAUCUUAGACAGGUUUACAUGGGUCUUAAACGACUGGACCACUUGUAAUCGUAUGUGUCAGGGUAUGACCUACCGACAUGUCAUAUGUCGUAGUACCGAGAGCCAAGAUAUUAUGCCCGACGACUAUUGUCCAAUCGAAGAUAAGCCUCGCGAAGAAAGUCGCAGUUGUAAUGAUCACUGCGAACUUCAGUGGCAGGAAGUGCCGGAUUCCAAGUCCGAGUGCUCGAGUCACUGUGGGCCCGGUACUCUGCUCGUGCGUUAUCGCUGUGUCCAGGCGACACUGGGCCGCGAUCGGAGCCACCUAACCCCCGUCCCGCCACACGCUUGCAAUUACUUGGAGCGGCCGCAGGAGCGCAAGUCCUGCAUGGGACCCUGCGAGUACGCGCACUGGCAGUACGACGAAUGGAGCGGUUGCUCGGUAACUUGCGGCGACAAAGGCUUCCAACAGAGGACCGCGAGGUGCGUCGACGUCAACAACAAGACCGUGCCCGAGUCCAUGUGCCCCGGUGACUCGAAGAUCGUCAAGCAGACCUGCGGGAACAAGUCCUGUCCCAAAUGGGGAUUCGGCCAAUGGAGCGCGGUAAGUCGGCAACUCGACUUGCCUUAAC